GACGGGAGAGAAAGAGAAAAGCCAAGCGUAGCACAAGGCAGGCUGUUAGAUGAACAGGGCAGCAUGGUGGGGGUACGGGAGUUCCAACAAGGCAGCCGCUGUCACAGAACAACGUGGAUUAAUGUUAUACUUGGAAUUCUACCGCUACUUUUGCCCUGCGUACAGCAUGGAGGGGCUCAAUUACAAGCCCUGAGUCAAAUGUCCAGCGUGGUCGAGGUUUGGCAAGCUGAGGAUGCUGACCCAGUAGUCCCAACUCAGGUGGAAGAGCGCAGCAAAGACAGUCUUCCACUGGAAGAGAGCUCCUCGUUCUACUUGCCGGAGAAUGGAAGGCCGCUGCGCUUCCAGCCGCCAUCGCUGGAGUUUGGGACACAGCCACUGGGGCUGCCAAGAGCUGAAACCAUAUACAUACACAACCCCAGCCAGGAACUCCCAGUGACAUUGCUGUCAAUGUUUACAUCCAGCAGACAUUUUCACAUGCCUUCGUUCCACAGAAGGGUAAUCCCACCCCGAGGGAAAGCCUCAUUUAAACUCGUCUUCCUCCCGACAGAGGAGGGCUUCAUAGAAAACUCAUUAUUUAUAAACACAUCGGCCCAUGGGGUGCUCUCUUACCAGGUUUUGGGGUUGGGUGUCCAUCGGGGCUCUUUAAAGGGGGUCUAUAGGAAGGACAGCGUCCUCAUAUUCCCCCACAUCCAGAGCAUCAAGCUGAGCCAAACUCAGGAAGAUUCUUCCAACAUCACUAUCCUGGGGCUACUGCUGGAGUGCAGUUUACCCAAGAGCAUAUACAGCCAGCCGCAGGGGUUGUGCUUCCAGAGUGUUGAGGACAACGCGGCCAGGGUGGAGCAGGGACUCAACCUCCAGAUCAGGCUGUCGGAGCACACAGAACGUCCUGCUGACAUGGACAAGCUCAAGCCCUACGUCAUCGAGCACAUCCUGGUCCUGUUGGUUGCCCCAGCGACGCGCUGCUGCUCCGCCAACGGGGAGUUAAACAUUGGAAUUUGUAUGUUGAAUUCAGGAGGAAAGAAACUUUAUGUGAAGGAAAUGCAGUUGUUAUCCAAAGUGGACAGCGCUCUGGAGUUCAGCCCAGUCCUGCUGAGAACAUCAGCGACAAACUUCACACAAGUGGCUACUCUAGCCUGCAGAGCAGGGUCUCUGUCAGGUCAGGGUAGAAGAUGCUCCAGUCAUAUUAGCCUACUGGUCCUGGGGAAUCACACAGUGAACACUUUCCCUGGCUUCCACAGCACACACAGGGGGUUGGAGCUGUCUAAUCUCUUCCAGGUGAGACAGAGGCAGAAAGGUGCAGACCACGUGGACCUGUGGCUGACCAACACCCUCCACUUCCCCCUCACCGUCCAGGAUGCCAUCCUCUCCCCGGAGUCCCAGGGCUUACUCAAGGUGGUCAACUUCAGUGGGGCAGUGUCAGUGCCCCAGGGUGGCUGCUGGCGGAUCCUCUCCCUGCAGCUCCUCAACAGGAGCCUGCCCCUAAACCUACUCUCCACCCUCUCUCUGACCACUGGUUUGUGUCUCGCCCUGAAACUACCCCUCCACUUUCACUCCACCCUAGCCAAGCAGGGUAAUGUUGUGUUUGAAGCGGAGGGGGAGUAUGCCCGACCAUGUCCUCUCAGACUGUCAGAAUCAGGUCGUGUCCAGUGGCAGCGCUCUCUCCUUCCAGACUCCUCCUCCUGGAUGCUGGACAGCAGACUGGCCUCGGAGCUCUGCGCUCGCUGGCAAAUCCGCAAAGACCAGCUGCCCUGCAGGUGGCCCAGACUACCAGCGGAGACCUCGUCCCCUCUAGACUUUGGUGCUGUCCCUGUCAAUGAAAGCAAGGUUAAGCUGCUGACUCUGAAAAACCCCUCCUCCUCUGUGGUCUAUGUGGAAAUCAGAGCCCUCUCCCUGUACCCGGCCCCCCUGGAAGCCCUUGACCUCCUCACCAAAUGGUUCAACAUCAGCCCCUCUGUCAAUAUCAGCACUACGGAGUUCACUCUGCUGCCUGCAGAGCACAAGGUGACCUCCAAUCAAGUUGUAGAAACAUCUCAAGGGAUUAUCAAUGGAAAUGGGGGUGAGGGAGUCCUGCGUUUCCUCCUCCAGCCGUGGGAGAGCAGGGAGGUGGCCGUGGUGUUCACCCCCUCCGAACACAAACCCACCACCACCAUCCUACUCAUCAGGAACAACCUGACAGUGUUUGACAUGGUGACGGUGCGGGGCCAUGGGUCCAAGGAGCUGCUGAGAGUGGGGGGCAAGCUGCCGGGCCCCGGGGCCUCAUUACGCUUCAAUGUCCCUCAGUCCACCCUCAUGGAAUGCCGAGACGGCCUGCGCGCCAACAAGCCUCUGUUUGCCAUCCGGAAGAGCUUCAAGGUGGAGAACGCCGGGGAGCUGCCCCUUACGGUCACAUCCAUGAACAUCAACGGUUACAAGUGCCAGGGCUUUGGCUUCGAGGUGCUGCAGUGCAUGUCAUUCAGCCUGGACCACAACUCCUCGUCCGAGAUCACCAUUGCGUUCACUCCAGACUUCACGUCGUCCUGGGUGAUCCGGGACCUGACCCUGGUGACGUCGCGCGGCUCAUUGUUCCCCUUCACUCUCAACGUGACGCUGCCCCACCACAUGCUGCCCCUCUGUGCUCAAGUGGUGCCCAGACCCAGUUGGGAGGAGACAUUCUGGGUGGUCACCCUCAUCUUCACCUGCUUCUCCCUGGCGGGUGUUUGUCUGAUGGCUUUCCACCAGGCCCAGUACAUCCUGUCUCAGUUUUCCAGCCCCACCACCCGGAGCAUCUACAAUUCUGCCCUGUCCCGGGACAACGGCCCCGUCAACAACAUCACCCCCAACGGAGUCAAUAAAAUGAAGGGAAGCUGCAAGACGUACGUGGAGACCUGCCACAACUCCGACAAAGGAAAGGGGCGUGGCUCCCCGGCAGUGGUCAACGGCUCCACCCCCCGACCACAGCCCUUCUCCUCUUCCUCCUCCUCCAAGAAGGGUGCCUCCACCACCCCCUCCCAGCCACAGAAGAAACAUAAGGUGUCCGUUUACUACGGCAAGUACAAAACCAGCUCCUCCGCCACAGCGGCGACGGCGCCCGAGGAAGAGCGGGAACUAGACCUAACUCCCGACCUGGGAACCCUGGAACCUUACCUGAGCACGGACGCCUGCAACAACAACGAGCCCACGUUCCUCUGUGAAAUCGACGUUAAGAAAACGACACAGCACUUUAAGGAAGUUCCCCCACAGAGCGCCGCCCAGGGGGAGGACAGCAAGGGGCCAGCGGCGGUUAUGUUUCCCGUGGAAACACAAGCCGGCUUCCCCGACAAUGUCACUGUGGGCCCGGGCCCCCGACCUGGUCUCCUGCUGUGCAGCCCCGUGACAGAGAAAGGGUACGACCUCGGUACACAUUCGCAGUUUGCAGAGAAGAGGGACACAACAGAGAAAAGGGACAACUCUGAGCUGGAGACCAAAGAGGAUGGUAAAAGCCAGAGGAAGAAGGCAGAGAAGGCGGAGGCUGGUGUCCCAGCCGGGAACAACAAGGCAAAAAAGAGUCGCAAGAAGAACACAGAGGGGAUUUCUGGGCUACCUGAACACAGCGUGGUUGUGAUGUCAGUGCAGGAGAGGGAACCAGAGUGGAGAACGGGAGAACAACAACAGAAUAUGAACGGAACCCGCACUCGGAACCGCUGCUCCACAGGAAAAACAGACGCACCAAAGCCCAGCCCCAACCCCGGCAGCCCCCUCAAACAGAACGGUGUGUGUCUGGUGCGGCCACGGCGGAAGUGUGUGGAGCGGCGCGUGGCUUGCGAAUCGGGCUCAGACUCGGGCAGCUCAUCAGGUAGCGUGCGGGCUAGCCGCGGCAGCUGGGGCAGCUGGAGUUCUGCCAGCAGCGUUGAGGGAGACAAGGACCCCGACGCCCCGCACCACCGCACACACCACUGCACUACCUCAGCCAGGAAAAGGGACUCCAUGCAGUACGGCGUCUACCCAGCUGAGAGGGACUGCUACCAGACCAUGAACUCCACCUACAAGGCCCAGAGCAUGAAUAACCUGUACAGGAAGGAGCCUUGCCAAAGCCCAACAGAGCCCGCCCCAGUGCCCCCCAGCUUUGCUCCCUGCUUCGCUUCUGUAGAAGCCCGCACGGACAGCACCAUGGAUGUGGCUGGCCUGUAUUUUCCUGAGGAGACUUGGUCGGCUCCCUCUGUGCCCCUCACCAAUGAGUUCAGGUACAAUGCCUCAGAGGCCGUGCCCUACGUACCUCAAGCCUCAGCCCCCUUCAAUGGCUUCCCUUGGAACAGUGCCAACAGCCAAUGUAACAGCCCGUAUGCAUACUCUGGCCAGGGCAACUACAUGUCAGCAGGCAACACCAACUUCCACAACAGUUUCCCGUGCCAGCCAGAGAGCCAGGCGGUAGCCUACAGCCACCGGCCCAGCUGGAGCGAGGAGUGUUCCCAGGAGGCUCCCUCAUCCUGGGAUACAGCCGGCUGUGUGGGCAGCAAGCCAUAUUUCCCUGGCACCAGGAGCCUGUCCCCCAUGUCCAGUCUGUUCGGUUCCAUCUGGACCCCCCAGAGUGAGCCAUACCAAAGCCACUUCCAGCCCGAGCGCUCAGUCCCCAUGUCCCCAGUGUGCCCCGUCUGCCCCAUCACCCCACCUCACGCCCCCUUCAACCGGGAGCCCGGGGGCAUGUGCCGCCCCAAGCAAUACUCCAGCUUCAACCCUUUCGGCCCCCACAUGAACCUGGACAUUUGGAACACCUCAUCCAACCGCAGCUCAAACUCGCAGCUGUCCAACGACUCAGGCUACUGCGGCGACGUUUAAUAAAAACCUGGCAUAACCGACGACAACAAACAAAAACGAUGCUAUAAAAUAAAGAAACAAGAAAUGAAUGUGCUUUUAUCGAUAAUGGGGGAAAAAUGUGAAUAUUCCUUUACUUUUAUGUUCCUUUUUUUUUCAAAUGUUCAAUGUUGUGAAAAGUUAAGCAUUUGUUGUAUAUUUUUCUAGAUGUUUUGCAGUUUUGAUCAUAGAAAAUAAAAAAAGUAAAAAAAG